GGGAAAGGGAAAGGGAAAGGGAACGAUCAAGCGCUGGCUGGCGGCGUGGCGUCGCUGCCGGGGCGGGGUCCGGGCAGGGCGCAGGCGGUGACGAUGCCGGAGAUGGCGGCGGAGCGGGAGGAGCAGCCGGGGCCCGGUCGCUGUCCCCGCCCGGGAGCCGCGGCGGGGGAGCGGGGCACGGCCGGAGGGCGCCGGUGCUCCGCUCUGCCCGCUGCUGGGCUGGGGGUCCUGGAGGAGGCCCGGCGCCGCCUGAGGCAGUUCGAUGUCGGGGACAGGUUCUCCCGCUUGCCGCUGCCCAGAGCCGCCGUGCUGCUGCCGCUCGUGGUGCGGGGCGGGCGGCUGCACCUGCUGCUCACCGUCCGCUCCAUGCAGCUGAGAAGAUCACCAGGAGAAGUGUGUUUUCCAGGAGGUAAAAGUGAAGCCACUGAUAAAGAUGAUAUUGACACUGCUCUCCGAGAAGCUAAAGAAGAAGUGGGUCUUCAGCCAGAGAAGGUGGAAGUCAUCUGUAGGCUGAUGCCUGGAAUUGAUAAAAUGAAUAACUUGGUGACACCAGUUGUAGGAUUUAUAGAGGAUACAUUCCAGGCCACUCCUAAUCCAGAUGAAGUGAGCGAGGUUUUUGUUGUGCCUUUGGAAUACUUUGUCAAGCCCUUAAAGUACAAGACCUUCUCUUAUAAAACCUCCUCAGGGUACUCAACUCGGAUACACUGCUUCACAUAUGAUGACCAGGAAGGCAAAAGGUCAUUCAAGAUAUGGGGACUGACUGCACACUUUGCUGUAUUUCUUGCUCUUGUAAUUUUUGGAGAGAGACCUACCUUUGAAGUGGAUUAUGAUCUCGACAACUUAAAUUUGUCCUCCGAGAAAAACUUCAUUAAUUUGUAUGCAUCUAUAUAUGAAAGAAAGAAGAGUAAUCUGUGACAACUUGGUCUGGCAAUUAAUUUCUUUUGAAAGAGGAAAAAGGAGGUUUGUUUAUUUCCUUGGUCCUGUUUUUUGAAAGCUAAACUUGAAUUUCCUCUGAAUUGGGAACUUCAAGUUGACAAUAACUUGAUUAAUAAAUUUUUAAUCUCUUUUAA